UAUCUCAACAUCACCAUAACCAAACCAUACUGAUCCUUUGAUCGAGUUCAGUAAUUAGCAUCAAUGACGAUUAUGGCUGCUGCGAAGCUUGCAGCGUUAGUCCUAAUAAUCACUGCUUCGUCCACAUUCGGAGUGAGCAUGGGCAACAAGGACUGGUUCUGGAACUGGGGCAGUAAUUUCAACUGCACUGAUUGGUGGAACUUCCAUCAUCUGAACAAGACACAACCUCAAGCUAACACCUUGGUUGUGGGUGGCUCUCAGUAUUGGCACUUCGGUUUUAACUACACUGACUGGGCCAUCAAGAACGGCCCUUUCUACCUCAACGAUACCCUUCUGUUCAAGUACGAUGCUCCAAACGCGACGACAUUCCCGCACAGCGUGUUCAUGUUUUCAAACUUGAGGAGCUUCUUGAACUGUGACCUCAAGAGAGCGAAGAUGGUGGCGAAUCCCGCACAGGGUGGAGGGGAAGGCUUCAGGUUCGUCAUCAAGAAGUGGAAGCCUCACUACUUCGCAUGCGGCGAGAGAAAUGGCUUUCAUUGCAGGGAUGGUCUCAUGAAGUUCGCCGUCUUCCCCAUGAUUCGCCCUUUCUCACCCUGGCCUUGACACUUUCCGAGUCCCAUCACAAUACAUAGACAUGAUGUGUUUAUUUUUCUCGAAGCAAAUAAAGCAAAGUUUCAUUUCGGUUGAUUUUAGUUUUCCUCAAAAUAAGGUCAAGCAACUGAUGAAUUACAUUACACUGUUCAAGGGACAUGGUUAAAAGUGGUUUGUCAGUGGUUAACUGACUGUUGUACUGAUAAGUGACAGACACACACACACACACACGAAAGCUUUGUUGAGUGCUUUGGAUUGGUGAGAUGUUUAUACCGUUAGCUUUAUUUAGUGAGGCCAAAGAUCACAUUAAAGCGGAUGUUUAUUUGGUGACGAAGUUCAUCAUUUACACAUUCUGUUGUUUCUCUGGCUAAAGACUCAGUUUAAAUACUAAUAUGUGUGGGAAA